CCUCUUGAGCAAAUAGAUUUGUACUUCGGUAACUACAGUUUUCCCUCUGUUACUGAUAGAAACCAGUAUGAACAGCAGAAGUUAAUAGCAGGUAACAUCAAAACCCAGUGAAAUCGCAAUAUAUCUAAGACCGGCGAAUUUUUUUACUUAUUUCCUUGGCCAAGAAAAUAUAUUCUUGAUUUUUUGAGAGUAAAAAAUAAAUAAAUAUCUUUUUUUUGACAAUAAAUAUAUCCGAUUAGAGAUGGAAUAGGUGAUGGUAGGCUGUCUUUUUGAUCGAGGUGCACGGUACCAACCAUGGGCUUUUGUGGCUUUCUCCAUUUGGGCUCACAAACAAGGCCGUGAGUGCUAGCUAGCUUCGUUCGCCGCCAAUCUCCGCCCCGCCUACUACGCACUCCGCCCCCGGUCCGGUUCGGUCGCCGCUCCGCCUCCGCCGCCGGAAGACCGUGGUCGCCACCUGGAGCUUCGGCCGACGACUGCGCUUGCCGUUCCUCCUCCGCCCAACGGCCUCGAGCUCCGCCUCCGACGACUGUCCUGAGGUUUUAGGAGCUUCUCCCCACCGGAUUCCAUAAACCGACUUCUCUAUAAGCUUAAGGCCAAAAGAAGUGGCCCUAGUACCUCCGCAGAGGAUACUCCGCAGCCAAGGAGGUGUCAGCGCCUCAGCGGGAUGAAGGCCGGGAGGAAGAACCUGCAGAGAGCGUGCCAGGAUGGCUCUGCCGUCACGCUCGCAGAGGGCGACAGCAUCAUGCAGGUUGUCACACUGCGCGGCUCCAACCUCAUCGAGGUCACGGAUGGCAAGGGCGUCAAAUCUCUGGCCUUGUUCCCGGCCAAGUUCCAGAAGAGCUUUUGGAUCAAGAACGGGAGUUUUGUGGUUGUGGAUGUUAGUGGGAGGGAGGAGGCUCUUGAAUCAGGGAGCAAGAUAGGGUGUGUCGUGUCACAAGUCCUCUUUCAUGAUCAAGUUCGCGCACUUGAGAAAUCCGGUGAAUGGCCAGCUAUCUUCAAGUCAACUCCCAAUGGCUGGGCGACAGGGACCGCAUCUCAGGUUGAGGAAGAGCCAGGUUCCGAUGGAGAAGAUGAUGAUCUGCCACCACUUGAGCCGAACAUGAACAGAUAUAAUCCGUUUGACGUGCUUUCUGAUUCAGGAAGUGGUUCCGAUUCUUGAACCGGUAGGCAUAGGACUAUGUCAGGCGUGCAACCCCCUCUCUGUUCUUCAGUUUGAUGUACUUUCUGAUUCAGAUAGUGGUUCCAGCUCUUAAACUGGUGGUAGGCAUAGGAUGGUGUUAUUACCCAGACCGUCCACUUUGUAUAGCUGAUGUUUUUGUGCUCAAGUUGGGCCAUGACAUUAAAACUGUUCAAUCUUGCAAGAUAUUCAGCGAAGUGGCAAGGGCAUGACUAAUAUCGCUUGUAUUCUCGCCUC